GUUGUAGCAGAAUUGAAAAAGAUCAUUCUCAAUUUCUCAUUCUGCUCCACUGCAGUUAGAAUUUGAAUCGCGCAAGGAAGUGUACUGUUUUAUUUUUCUAUGUAUGUUUGUUAACUAUUCAAGGAUUGGCUGUGUACCGUCAUCAAUUAAAUGCUUCUCCCGGCAUCAGUUGAAAUUAUCCUGAACGUUAAGGUACCAGUCAAAAUUCUGUUACAUUCAAAUUAGUACCAGCCCAUGCAAAUACUUUCUUGGUAAACUCUCCUCUUUGCUAGUGGUAAUCUUAACAGACAGCAUUGUAUACCGAGGAAAUUUGGGCGUUUAAAACAAAAUUACAAUAAGCAGGUUUAUUCUAAAAUCAGAAUUGCGUCAACCGAAACUUCCAGAACCUUAUGAUAAGAUAAACUUUCUCAAACGUACGGAGCUCAAUAAAUCCUGAAUUGUGUUGCCCAUUUCUUGUGCUUGAUGAUAGUUGCAAGUGAGAGAUAGGAAAUAAUCAGGCAAGCUUUUUGAAAAGAUACACAUUUCGAAAGGAAAUACAAAAUUUCAUUUCAUUAUAUUGUGUGACUACGAAAGCGUUUGGAUCGGAGCCUAGGAUAUGGAUGAAGAACUAGUAACUCUAGGCGAUCCCAGUUUAAGUUUCAGUAGAUCGCUAAUAUUGGGUAAAGGCAAUUAUGGAGUCGUUUUUAGUGGAAAGUAUAACGGUAAAGACGUAGCCGUAAAACGCAUUGAGUUGGAAAGAAUGAAUCAGAGAGAAGAAGCGUUAUUUCAUCUUGAUCACGAACAUGUUGUCAAGUUAUAUCAUUGGCGAGAUAACAAGGAUUUCAGGUUUUACGUGCUGGAGCUGUGUGCUGCAAAUUUAGACGAGUAUUGCAAAGGGUGUUACACAGGACCGAUACCCUCUGAAGCGGAAGUGCUUUACCAGUUGGCCACAGGCUUGGAAUACAUUCAUUUAAAACGCCUCCACCGUGAUAUCAAACCAAAAAACAUUCUCAUUUCAAAACCAGAUCCUAUUGUCAGAAUAAAAUGGGCUGAUUUUGGAUCUAGCAAAUUGGUGAAUGAUAAUGGUUCCUGCUCCAUGAGCGGCGUUCGCGGAACCAAAGAUUGGACUGCACCUGAACACAUUCGUCUACUAGGUGCAUCUUGUCGGGGUUCAAAACCAAGCGACAUUUUUUCAGCCGGUUUGGUGUUUUUCUAUUUCCUGAAAAAGGUCCAUCCUUUUGGUGAAGAUUCGGAAAUUGAAUCCAACAUCAAGAAUAAUCAGCCAGUUAACAUUGACGAUCUUGCAGAUCAUUUUGCCAAACCCGUUGUCAUUAAAAUGAUUGCUCACGAAGCUAAGGAUCGAAUGGCUUUAGAAGAAAUCAUCAGGAAGUUGAAACCCUUCCUGCCUCCCAAUCCGCCAGGAGAUGUUGACAACCAGCAUGCAGCCUAGUUUAUCCCUCCAAGACGGAAGUCAGUGAGUGCUAAUGCCGACAUGGAACAUUAGCUUAACUGAAAUAGAACUUGUUUUUUACGCAUUGGUUUAAUGAAUACCUAAGGAUGGUGUCUACAAAGUUAUGUUUCCCCUAACAAUACACCUGCCACAUUGACUUGUCUGAUGACCUAUGCAGUAGGAAAUUAUAAUACAUCAGAGGAGUCUCAUA